UCAGGAACAAAUCACUAAUUUACAACAAGAAGUUCAAUAUUACCAAACUCUUUAUGAAAAGAGGGUUGAAAAGGAUCUAGCCAACCAAGGACAUCUUUCAAACUUAGAAAAUAAAAUAACUGCUUUAGAAAAACAAUUAUUUAGUUUAGCCAAACAAAAGAUUAAAGGGAAAAAGGAAGCCGAACAAUUAUUAAACAAUUUAGAAACUAACUGA